UCCUUCAUAAACAGCCUGCAGUCUUCUGCUCUGGGGAGUUUAGUUUUAUUCUUGGUUUAUGGAGAAAUCUGACUCUCAUUUUCAGCACUGUGAAAGGAGGUGAUUACUAACUGGAACUACAAAGUCAUCUGUUUAACUUGAAAGAAACCUGAAAUCAGGGUGUGAUUAGUUUUUAUCAGAGUGAAAGUGAACUCUGAACUCUUGGACUAGAGAGAAAAACAACAACAGCAAAAUAAAAUGGCAUCUAAGUUUUCAGAGGAGGAUUUCUCCUGUCCUGUGUGCUGUGAAAUCUUCAAGGACCCUGUUCUUCUGCGCUGCAGUCACAGUGUGUGUAAAGUGUGUUUGCAGCAGUUCUGGGAGACCAAAGGAUCCAGAGAAUGUCCUGUUUGUAGGAGGAAGUCGUCUAUGGAUGAACCUCCCAUAAACCUGGCCUUAAAGAACCUGUGUGAGACUUUCUUACAGGAGAGAAGUCAGAGAUCUUCAUCAGUGUCUGAAACAGUCUGCAGUCUGCACAGUGAGGAACUCAAACUCUUCUGUCUGGACGAUCAACAGCCGGUGUGUGUGGUGUGUCAAACUUCAAGAAAACACACCAACCACAAAUUCUGUCCCAUUGACGAGGCAGUAACAGACUGUAAGGAGGAGCUGAAAACUGCACUGAAGCCCCUACAGGAGAAACUGAAGAUCUUUAAAGACUGUAAACUGAACUGGAGUCAGACUGCAGAACAUAUAAAGAUUCAGGCCCAACACACAGAGCGGCAGAUUAAGGAGGUGUUUGAGAAGCUUCACCAGUUUCUACGAGAUGAAGAGGCAGCCAGGAUCGCUGCACUGAGAGAGGAAGAGGAGCAGAAGAGUCAGAUGAUGAAGGAGAAGAUUGAGAAGCUGAGCAGAGACAUAUCAUCUCUUUCAGUCUCAAUCAGAGCCAUAGAAGAGGAGAUGAGAGCUGAAGACGUCUUGUUCUUACAAAACUACAAGGCCACAGUUAAAAGAGCCCAGUGCACACUGCAGCAUCCAGAGGAGCUUUCAGGAGCACUGAUCAAUGUGGCAAAACAUCUGUCCAACCUGAAGUUCAGAGUCUGGGAGAAGAUGCAGGACGCUGUCCAAUACACACCUGUAACUCUGGACCCCAACACUGUUCCUCCUGAACUCAUUGUAUCUGAUGAUCUGACCAGUGUGAGAUUCAGUGAUGAGGAACAGAAACUUCCUGAUAAUCCAGAGAGAUUUGAUGAAUAUUGGUGCAUCCUGGGCUCUGAGGGCUUUAACUCAGGGACACACUGCUGGGAUGUUGAAGUUGGAGACUGUACAGUCUGGGAUGUGGGUGUGAUGACAGAAUCUGCUCAGAGGAAGGGAAAUGUAUUCUCCAGAAGUGGAAUCUGGUGUGUGGUGAAUUAUUGUGGUAAAUAUAGAGCAGGUUCUACACCACAGCCAGAGACUCUCCUCUCAGUAGCACAGAAACUCCAGAGGAUCAGAGUGCAGCUGGACUGGGACAGAGGAAAGCUGUCAUUCUCCGACCCUCUCACUAACACACACAUACACACUUUCACACACACAUUUACUGACAAAUUACUGCCAUAUCUACGUGUUAUUGGUAAAGAAUCUCCUCUAAAGAUCCUCCCACUUCAGUGCUCUGUAAGAGUGAAUCAGAUCAGUUAGAGCUGAUAUUGUUUUAUUCCAGUUCAUUAAUGAAAUAUUGCAGAUUAAAAGAUUUAUAUUCUUUGUGAAAGUUUGUUUUUACAGAAGCACUGAACAGUUCAUUGUAAAAUGAUUUUUGAAGAGCUAUGACGUUAUUUCGACUCGUCAGUUAAAUCAAUAUAAUGUGAAAACUGGAAAUAUUGAUAGAAUAUCUUAUUCUGAGUACUAAAAAAUAUAAUAUCUCAAAAUACUGAUACAUCUUGAAAUUCCUGUUUAUUAAAUGACUAACUCCAUCUUUUUCCCACAACUUUCAGUUCAGGGCUUCUACAAACAAACAAACCACAGGAUGAAAUUAAAAUCAUAAACGUGUGUUUAAAUGUAGAAUUUGAAAUCUGAAAUAGAUUUAAUUUUAAAGAUGUAUUUUAAAUCAUUUUUAAUAAACUGAGACUUUGAAAGCUCGUGUCGUUACUGUAUUUGUACUUGUUAGUGCUGUGCUGUUAAUCCUGGGUGAAAUGUUUAGCUGGCUGUGUGUGUUGUGUGUGAAACUGUGCAGUGGAGGAGAAUUCAAGCUCUAAGUUUCCCUCCACCAGCAGUUUGUGGUUUUGCAAAGAUCAGAUGGAUUUAUUCUUUACAAAUUUCCAAAACAUAAGAUGGCAGUAAUAGGCUCAUUAAUAUUCAUGAGCGUAUCUCCCUUAGCUACCGAGCUUGUUCAUCCAUUAACUGGUGUGAUCACUGAGAGAAACUGGGUGAUGUGGAGAUACUGGAGCAUCUUGAUGUUCGGUCGAAAUAGAUGCUAAGAGUGACAGUUAAACACAAGUGAGAAUUAUUGUUAUAGUCUGACUGUGUAUUAGCCAUUUUUAUAUUUAGGCCAAUUGUAGAGAUUUAUGUUUAUUUUGUUCUCGUUCUUAAACAAUAUUCACCAAGAUUGUGUGUUAUUGUCUCCUUCUGAGUCAGGUUUAAGCUAGUUUUAAGCUCUUAUUCCCACUAUUAUAUCUAUCAGUAGCCUCAUUAUGGUCUCAUAUAUAACAGGACUAGUCACACUGGGAGAAUAUUAAAGAACUUAAACAUGGAAAUAAAACACAACAAAUAUUUUGGCAUGCUGGUCAUUUUUGCAGGAGAAUCCACUGGAGAAAUAAACAACUUUUGUUAACACUUUCUAUGGAGCCCAUGCUCAUAAUGAAUUAUAGCCCAUGUAUAAUCAUUUAUAAGCAAGUAUUACUGUUCUAUAACUACAUUUAUAAAGACACAUCAAGCCCUAUACUUCAUUAUAAUAAGUUAUAGUUACAUUUAUAUUAUUGUUAUAAUUACUUAAGUGAUACACUUUCUUUUUCAAUGCCCAUACUCAUAAUGCAUUAUACACUGAUUUAGACGUAUUAAUUAGUCAGUCUUAUGGUUCCAUGAAUGUAUUUAUAAAGAUGCAGGCUGCAUUAUUAUAAUGUUAUUCUAUUAUAGUUAUGUUGCAGGUCCCACCUCCGGAGACCCGUGGACAGAUUACUGUAAAUACAGGAAACAAAGAAGAGAAACGGGAAUCGCGUCUGCUCUCUGCCAGCUCCUCUGUUUGUGUUAGGAGUUGCUAUGGAGACGGCCCCUAUACACGAUCUUCCCAUUUUAAAAUAUGUUUUAAAAUCGUGUACACACUUUCUGUGGGUACCACACUCAUAAUGAUUUAUUAGUAAUGCAGAUUUAUUUCAAUACCCAAUAAGUGAAUUAUUUUAUACUGUUGUUGAUAGAUGUGUUGUGCUGCCUUAGAAAUAUUUAUUCUGAGUGGUAAUACAAUUACUGACCUUCAUAAAUGUGUCACUGAUGGCUUUAAGUAAAGUGAAAGCAUAGGAUGUAAUUUCCAUAAUGCAAAUGUUAAGAACUCAUGAAGAUGUGCUCAUUAUGUGUUAUAAUCGCCUUUAAAAUAGUCUAAUGAGACAAGCACUGUUUUAAGUGCCCACAUUAUACAUGACAGCAGUCAACCUGGCAUUUUAAUGUAGUAUCCCAAAGUGGAUUCUGGGCCUCCCUGACAGAUCUGUGAUUAAGCCUGUGCUCUCUGUAUAUGUGAGACUAUAAUGUCCUAGCUUUUUGUAUGUAUGUGGGCAAUCAGGCACGCCACAAUUAGGAACAUUUCCGCACAAUUUCAUGUGCUGUGCACAAUCCAAGAUUGUACUGCUCUUGUGCCAACAGACUUUACAUACAAACAUUUUAGAGCUCUGAGCAGCACAUUAGUUUAUAAGCAAAAAACACAUUCUAAGCUUUGAAGACCUACAAUGAUUUGAGCAACUUUUAUUUCUCAUACACACAUAAAGUAAAAUGUUUUUCAAUGAAAAAUUGCAAAUAUCUUGCGAUUAUGUUCACUAUGUGCACAAAAGGGCUAUCCGCGAAUUAGCUAGCUAAAAAUCAUCUAAGUGGCAGUGUUUCACAAAUUAGUUGUUGUUAAAUGUCUUUAAGAAAAUGUCAUUAAACUGUUGGAAUUGCUAAAGGAAAAUAAAUUAUAUUAAAGCUAUCAAGUGCACUAACUGAUUUGAAGCCACAACAUGCAAUAAGAUAUGAUAUCUAUAGCUUUAUCAGUCGCUUAAAAAUAAAUAGAGAGAUUCAUACAAUCAGUAAAACAGAGCACAACUAUAGUGUAAGCAGUUGACAACUUUUUCUGGUGAUAACAUUACUGUGUUUCUGCAGAGGUUUUAAAAUUCAAUGCUGUUAAAUAAUCUCUCUUUUUUUUUUUUAGACCAAAACAGCAGAACAAAACCAAAUAAAUCCAGGUGUGUGUAUAUGCCUGCAAAGCCCUGGUCAUCAUUCACAUCAGCCUCUGUGUUUGAAGGGGCUUCACUGGACUGAUUUCUGUCUGCACUCACAUCAGUGGAGAAAUAAUCCCUGAUUCAUUCACAGAAUUAAGCUCUAGUGACUCUCGGGACCGAGUCACAUACAGAUGUGGCCAUUGAGAAUGUGCGU